GAAUAUAUUUCAACUGUAUACUAACAGCCAUUCCUUUUUGUUAGCUCAGUAGCUAAACUUAGCUUUCGCCCAAUAAAUGGCGAGAGCCUCAUUUGGCUCCGUUCCCGCUCUUGUUUCAUUUCGUCUACCCCGUCUCUCUCCCCAGCCAAUUUCCGCCGUCCACGUCGCCGCUGCCAGCAUCCCUAUGGCCGAUGCCAAAACUCCCCACCCUUCUAUCGAAGUCAUUGGCGGCGGACGUGACCUCUUCCUCCCGGCCUUCAAGACCAUAAACCAUCCCUACACUCCCUUCCCUUUCAUUACUAAAAACCGUCACGUCGAGACCAUUUUCGCUUCGCUCCUUAGAACCACCCCAUACGUUCGAUACAAGCGAGAGUGUAUUCGUACCAAAGAUGAUGGAGCCGUUGCUCUCGAUUGGGUAGCCGGCGACAGCCGUCGGUUGUCGCCGGAUUCUCCUGUUCUCAUCUUACUGCCGGGUUUAACCGGCGGGAGCGAAGAUUCAUAUGUUAGGCAUAUGUUAGUUAGAGCGAAAGGAAAAGGAUGGCGCGUCGUCGUUUUUAAUAGCAGAGGUUGCGGAAACAGCCCUGUUACUACUCCUCUGUUCUAUUCGGCUUCAUUUCUAGGAGAUAUGCGUGAAGUAGUUGCUCUCGUUACUACUAGGUAUCCCAAUGCUAAAAUAUAUGCUGUUGGUUGGUCUCUUGGUGCCAACAUUCUUGUCAAUUAUUUGGGUCAGGAAUCUCAAACUUGUCCUCUAGCUGGUGCUGUGUCUUUGUGUAAUCCUUUUGAUUUGGUUAUUGCAGAUGAGGACUUCCGUAAGGGCUUUAACAUUGUUUAUGACAAAGCUCUUACAAGAGCUCUCUGUAGAAUUUUCCAGAAGCAUGCGUAUCUUUUUGAAGAUAUGGAUGGUGAGUAUGACAUCUCUUCAGUUACCCAUGCCAGGUCUGUUAGGGAGUUUGACCAAGGAUUAACACGCGUUUCAUUUGGUUUCAAGUCAGUGGAUGACUACUAUUCUAAAUCAAGCAGUUCAGAUGCCAUAAAGCAUGUCUGUAGACCUUUGCUCUGCAUUCAGGCUGCCACUGAUCCGAUUGCUCCUGCUAGGGCAAUUCCUCGUGAAGAUAUCAAGAAAAACCCAAAUUGUUUGCUGAUAGUGACACCCAAGGGUGGCCAUCUCGGGUGGAUUGCAGGCCCUGCAGCUCCACUUGGUGCUCCUUGGACCGAUCACAUAGUGAUGGAUUUCCUUGAAUAUCUGGAGGGAGGUGGAGCUAAGUCCACCGGUUAUGUGCAAAGCGAGCUACAGUCUCCUGUGGGUAUGCAGCAAGUGGAAGUAUAAGUUGCAAAUAGUUAAAGACAUUUUUCGAUAUUCUCCAGAGGGCAUACAGCAAGUUGAAGUAUAAGUAGCAAACAGAUGAAGGCAUUUUUUGAUAUUCUUACAUAUUUAUCUUCGUUAGUGCGUAAAGCGAUUGUAUACCAUCAUUAAUAAACACUAGAAUAAGCGAUAUUCAUUGGGCUAGAGGCGCGCCUUCAGUAAAAGCUUCCAUGGUUGAUUGACCAAAAUGGAGAUUCCAAAUUGUAUGAGCAAUAGGUCUUCUAUACCCGUGCUUCAUAAUUGGUCAUUUGUAUCAUACUUGCAUUUACCAUUUAUUAUUCAAUUAUUGUUGUUUCAGCUGAUAAGAACAUUACACA